AGCUAACAACAACAUUGCUUGGUACCAACUAGACCAGGACCUCGACAGAGUUCUAGAGGCCGCAUUGGCAGGAGCAGCAGAAAGGAAAUUGGACAGCAUGACUGCAAUUGUCUACACCAUGGCCAAAGAGCGCUUUGGCACUGAGGAGAAGAAAGGAAGCAGCAAGGCCCCCGGAAAACAGACCAACAGAAGGGCAAGAGAGAUUACGCAGUUGAGAAGGGAAAUCAAGACUCUUAACAAGCAAUACAAACAGGCUAGUUCCACAGAGAAGGAGGGCAUAAAAGACCUGACCACUGAACUUCGAGGGCAACUGUGCAGACUAAGAAGGGCUGAGAGGUCUCUGAGACUGAGAAAAGAGAAGGAGGUCAAGCGUGCUCAGUUCAUCAAGGACCCAUACAGGUUCACCAAAACCUUGUUGGGUGAAGCAAGAUCAGGGAGACUGACCAGCCCUAAAGAAGCUGUGGAAGAAUUCCUCAAAGAAAGCCACAGUGACACUCUUAGAGGCCAAGCCUUGGACGUACACCCAAGGAUUGGAAGGAGUGAAACCCCGGAGGAAGAGCUUGACACCAAAGAGCCAACAUGGAGAGAAGUCCAUGACAUUGUACAGAAAGCCCGGUCAUCAUCUGCCCCAGGUCCUAGCUCUAUACCCUACAAGGUAUACAAGAGAUGCCCAAUGCUUCUGCGCAGGCUAUGGAAACUGUUGCGGAGGAUAUGGACAAAGGGCAUAAUUCCAACAUCUUGGAAGAGAGCAGAAGGGUGCUUUGUACCAAAGAAAAUGGACUCCUCUGAAAUAGGGCAAUUCCGAACUAUUUCUCUCCUGAGCGUCGAAUGCAAGAUAUUCUUCUCAGUCCUGGCACGGAGGCUGACCAUGUACAUGGUGACGAACAAGUACGUCGACACAUCAAUCCAGAAAGGCGGCAUCCCAGGCUCCCCUGGAUGUUUGGAGCACACAAGCAUCCUCAGCCAGCUGAUCCGUGAGGCCAAAGAGAGCAAAGGAGACCUAACAGUCGUCUGGCUUGACUUGGCCAACGCAUAUGGAUCAAUUCCUCACGACCUCAUCAACACAGCAAUGGAACAUUACCAUAUCCCCCAACACAUCAGGAGAAUGAUCACCACCUACUUCAGUGGAUUCAAGUUACGGUUCCAGACCACCCAGUUUACAACCCAGUGGCAGGACCUGGAAAAGGGGAUCGUAACGGGCUGCACCAUCUCCCCCAUCUUGUUCAUUAUGGGAAUGAACCUUCUCAUUACAGCGGCAGUGAAGGAAUCCAGAGGGCCAAUAAUGGAGUCUGGCAUUCGCCAACCUCCAUUAAGAGGCUUUAUGGAUGACCUCACCAUCACAACGGCAACCCAUGUGCAAACAAGGUGGAUCCUGAAGGCACUCGAUGACGUGGCAACUUGGGCUCGAAUGAAAUUCAAGCCUAAGAAGUCAAGAAGCAUGGUGAUCAGGAAUGGUAAGGUUACAAACAGGUUCCAGCUUCAAGUCGGGGAAGUCAUACCACCGAUUGAGGAGAACCCAAUAAAAUGCCUGGGCAAGUGGUACGAUUCAUCUCUCAAGGACAAAGGCAGUGUUUCAAGGACCGAGAAGCAGGCAGAAGAGUGGCUUAAAAAGAUAGAAAGUUCAGGCCUACCAGGCAAGUUCAAGACCUGGCUGUUCCAGCAUGGCCUGCUUCCAAGACUCCUGUGGCUCUUGACGAUUUACGAGAUACCUAUGACAGCGGUUGAAGGGAUCGAGAGGAAAGUCAACAAACAUCUCCGCAAGUGGCUUGGUAUUCCACCAAGCUUCACGUCAGUAGGGCUCUACAUCAGGUCGGGACAGCUACAGCUACCCCUAUCAUCGGUGGUUGAGGAGUUCAAGGUGGCAAAGUGCAGGAUUGUGAUGAUGCUCAGAGAUUCCACCGACGAGAUGGUUAGAGGCGCAGGCGUCACCACAAGAUCUGGGCGCAAAUGGGCAGCAGCCACACAAGUGGAACAGGCAGAAAGCCUGCUAAAGUUGAAGGACAUCAUCGGGAACCCGUGCACUGGGCGGCAGGGACUAGGGUCCACCCAUUUCCAACAAUGGACCAAAGCCGACCCAAGGCAGAGGAGAGUCAUGGUCCAAGCCGAGGUCCGGCAGCUAGAGGAGGAGGGGAGAUGGUCUAGGGCUGUGGAGCUUGGUUUACAAGGAGCCUGGACGAAGUGGGAACUACCAAAGCGUAAGAUCACCUGGCCCGAACUCUGGAGACUGGAGCCUUUCCGAAUCUCGUUCCUGCUCCGCUCAGUGUACGACACCCUUCCAACACCAACAAACCUGUACAGGUGGGGAAUGAGGGAGGACCCACAGUGCAGGUUAUGUGGGGAGAGAGGAACAAUGGCGCAUAUACUGGCAGGAUGCAGGACUGCUCUUAGCCAGGGAAGAUACCGGUGGCGCCACGACAAGGUCCUCAGAGCACUAGCCGACAUCUUGGAGCAGGAGAGACGGAAAAAGCACCAGCCUCAAUCGAGACCAACACCAUCCAUCCAGUUCAUCAGGGAGGGGGAGAAACCAUCAUCCUCCAAGAAGACCAAGAAGGGCCUACUGCAGACAGCACCAUCAUGGGAGAUGAGGGUAGACCUGGGAAGGAAACUACACUUUCCCCAGGUCGUCCAAACUUCCCUGAGGCCUGACAUGGUCAUUUGGUCAGAAGAGGCCAAGAAGAUCAUCCUGAUCGAACUGACCGUCCCGUGGGAAGAAGGAUGCGUUGAAGCCUACGAGAGGAAAGCCACCAAGUACCAGGACCUUGUCCAACAAUGCAGGGACAAGGGAUGGCAGGCCUGGCUAUUCCCAGUGGAGGUCGGAUGCAGGGGCUUCCCGGCACAGUCUGUGUGGAAUACACUCACAGCUCUGGGAAUAAAAGGAAGGGAGAGGAAGACAGCUGUCCGUAGGUUGGGGGAAGCCGCAGAGAGAGCCUCUUGCUGGCUCUGGAAUAGGAGGGAGGAGAGAAGCUGGGGACCAGGAGAAGAUGGGCAGUGACUGGCCAUCACUGCCGGCCCGCCAACUCGAGGGCGUUGUGGUUCAGGGUCGAAACGUCCAAUGAAAGUUGGUCACCACCUGAUGACAUCUUCUCCUGGUCGAAAGCUACAGUCACUUCCUAAGUGACUGAAGGAGUAAGCACUUCAUUGUGUA